GCGGAGCUAGGAGAGCCCGGGUCAGCCGCGGACCGAGGGUGGCGUGUGCGGUCUGGAGGCCAGAGCUUCGAGAGAUCCGGGCUGCGGCUCCGCUGAGGGGCCGGCGGUGCGGGCCGGGAUCUGCGGGGCUGAGGGACGCUCAGGAGCGGCGAGGCUCGCGGCCUGAAGGAAGGCCCGAGCGCAGGAACAUGACAUCUAGAGGCAGCGGACUUGUUUCAGAUUCAUGCCUUACCAUUUCUUAAUUUUGUGUGGUGGGGUAACUUGCUGUCUCAGGUAUCACCUGACUUCACCGCACCCUGUGGGAUGAGCUGGUAGCUAGCAGAGUCGUCUCACAAUGUUUUGCUUGUAUUCGUGAGACUGCUGCAUAUCAGACAAACUGAGCCGUAGCUUCAGUGGCUGGAAGAAUGCGACCAUCCCUGCAAGAUGUCAGCACUGAGGAUGUGGCUAACGCGAACUUUGCUUCUUCUCCUCACCACUGAAUCUAUAGGUCACCUAGUGGAACCGUGUGGUUAUAUCUACCCUGAAUUUCCAGUUGUCCAGCGGGGCUCUAACUUCACUGCCGAGUGUGUGCUAAAGGAAGAGUGUCUGCAACAGUACGAUGUGAAUGCCAGUUACAUCGUGUGGAAGACAAACCACGUGGCCGUGCCCAAGGAACAGGUCUCCGUCAUCAACAGAACCACCUCCAGUGUCGCGUUCACAGACUUGGUCCUCCAGAGCUUCCAGCUCACCUGCAACAUCCUGUCCUUCGGGCAGAUCGAGCAGAACGUGUACGGAAUCACCGUCCUCUCAGGCUUUCCUCCAGAUGAACCUACAAAUUUGAGCUGCAUUGUGAAUGAGGGGAAGAACAUGCUGUGUCAGUGGGACCCAGGACGGGAGACAUACCUAGAAACAAACUACACCCUGAAGUCAGAAUGGGCAACACAGAAGUUUGAUGAUUGUCAAACAAAACAUGGCACCUCAUGCACAGUCAGCUACACACCCAUCUAUUUUGUCAACCUUGAAGUCUGGGUGGAAGCAGAGAAUGCCCUUGGGAAGGUCUCCUCAGAGUCUAUCAAUUUCGACCCCGUGGAUAAAGUGAAACCCAACCCACCACAUAACUUAUCAGUGACCAACUCAGAAGAAUUAUCCAGUAUAUUAAAGCUCACGUGGGUCAAUUCAGGUUUGGGUGGUAUUUUAAGGCUGAAGUCUGACAUCCAAUAUAGGACCAAAGAUGCCUCAACUUGGAUACAGGUCCCUCUUGAAGACACGGCAUCUUCCCGAACCUCCUUCACUGUGCAGGACCUUAAGCCUUUUACAGAAUAUGUGUUUAGGAUCCGGUCCAUUAAGGAGAAUGGGAAGGGCUACUGGAGUGACUGGAGUGAGGAGGCGAGUGGGACGACGUACGAAGACAGACCAUCCAAACCACCAAGUUUCUGGUAUAAGAUAAAUCCAUCCCAUGAACAGGGAUAUAGAUCUGCACGGCUCAUAUGGAAGGCAUUACCUCUUUCUGAAGCCAAUGGGAAAAUCUUGGAUUAUGAAGUGAUUCUUACACAGUCAAAGUCAAUUUCACAAACGUUCACGGUUAAUGAUACAGAGUUGGUAGUAAAUCUCACCAAUAAUCGCUAUGUAGUGUCUCUAGCAGCAAGAAACAUGGUUGGCAAAUCAGUUGCCACUGCCCUCAGCAUCCCUGGCUCCCACUUCAAAGCUUCUCACCCUGUAGAGGAUCUUAAAGCCUUUCCAAAAGAUAAUCUGCUCUGGGUAGAAUGGACGCCUCCAUCUAAAUCUGUGAACAAAUACAUCCUAGAGUGGUGUGUGUUGUCAGAGAACUCACCCUGUAUCCCAGACUGGCAGCAAGAAGAUGCUCCUGUGAAUCGGACCCACCUGAGAGGACACCUACUGGAAAGCAAGUGCUAUCUGAUCACAGUGACCCCAGUGUUUGCCUAUGGGCCCGGAAGCCCCGAGUCCAUAAAGGCCUACCUCAGACAAGCAGCUCCUUCCAGAGGACCGACUGUUCGGACAAAGAAAGUGGGGAAAAAUGAGGCUGUCUUAGAGUGGGACCAACUUCCUGUGGAUGUUCAGAACGGAUUUAUUAGAAACUACUCCAUAUCGUAUAGAACCAGCGUCGGAAAGGAAACGGUUGUGCAUGUGGAUUCGUCUCACACAGAGUACACACUGUCCUCUCUGAGUAGUGACACACUGUACAUGGUCCGAAUGGCAGCGUACACAGAUGAAGGUGGGAAAGAUGGGCCGGAGUUCACUUUUACAACACCAAAGUUCGCUCAAGGAGAAAUAGAAGCCAUAGUGGUGCCUGUGUGCCUAGCAUUCCUCCUGACGACUCUGCUGGGAGUCUUGUUCUGCUUUAACAAACGAGACCUAAUCAAAAAACACAUCUGGCCUAAUGUUCCAGAUCCUUCAAAGAGUCACAUCGCCCAGUGGUCACCUCACACCCCACCCAGGCACAAUUUUAACUCCAAAGAUCAAAUGUACUCAGACGGCAAUUUCACAGACGUGAGUGUUGUGGAAAUAGAGGCAAACAACAAAAAGCCUUGUCCAGAUGACCUGAAGUCCUUGGACCUGUUCAAGAAGGAGAAACUGAGCACGGAAGGGCACAGCAGCGGCAUCGGGGGGUCCUCGUGCAUGUCCUCUUCCAGGCCCAGCAUCUCCAGCAGCGAGGAGACCGAGUCUGCUCAGAGCACCGCGAGCACGGUGCAGUACUCCACCGUGGUGCACAGCGGCUACAGGCACCAGGUCCCCUCAGUGCAGGUGUUCUCAAGGUCUGAGUCCACCCAGCCCCUGCUGGACUCCGAGGAGCGGCCGGAAGACCUGCAGCUGGUGGGUCCUGUGGACAGCGGGGAGGAGAUCUUGCCCCGGCAACAGUAUUUCACACAGAACUGCGGUCAGUUGGAAGCCACUACAGAUAUCUCACAUUUUGAAAGGUCAGGCCAGGUUCCGCCCGGCAGCGAGGAGGAUUUUGUCAGACUGAGACGGCAGCAGCUCUCGGAUCCCUUUUCGCAGCCCUGUGGAUCUGAGCAGCGCAGGCUGUUUCAGGAAGGUUCUGCAGCAGACGCUCUCGGCACAGGGACUGACGGACAGAUAGAGAGAUUUGAAUCUGUUGGAAUGGAGACAGUGAUCGAUGAAGAAAUUCCCAAAAGUUACUUGCCACAGACUGUAAGGCAAGGUGGCUACAUGCCGCAGUGAAGGACUGGCUGCUGUGCGACUUCAGCAGGACUGCAGAGUAAAGCUGAAACACGGUGACUUCAGAUGAGAGCUGAUCUUCACUCCUGAAGAUAAUCAUUGCCUUUAAGGACAGAGUCACAACUGGGCCAUCUCCAUUCCAGAAUGUCUGGAUUCUCCUUCAAGCACUACAUGAACUGACUGUAUCCUCUGUAUAGCCAGGGGACUCUGCACUGUUUCAGGAUGUUUGCACUGCCGGAAACUAAGUGUGUCUGAGUUUAUAAAGCUUUUGUUUUGCUACACAGAAAACGGGGGAUUCAAAGAGCCACGGCGUCCUGCAGCUGUGCCGGCUUUGAUGAGACUGUCAUCCACGUGCAGGAGCAAAGGUGUGAACCUCCUCAGCCAAUAGCGCCAUUUAAAAGUGCCGUGGGCGGACUGUCCAGAUUGUGUCAUCUAGAAAAAGAAAGAGAGGAGGGGUGGUUCCUUUCCAGGUCUAUAAUUAGGGAAUAUAGGCCUACUCCUUGCUGUUGGUAUCAAUGCCACCAGUUUUUACUGAAGAAAAGAAUGAACUUUAAAAAUAAGCAACAUAGAAGCACCCAUUUUCUUAUAUUCACCUAAAACCUCACAAAAAUAUGUUCAUUAUUGAGAAUGUCUUUCAAAGUCAGUUUCAUCAACCCUAUAGUGGACCAGGCUGGCCUCAAACUCACAGAGAUCUGUCUGCCUCUGCCUCCAGAGUACUGGGAUUAAAGGCAUGCACCACCACUGCUCGGCUUAAAAAAUUGCUGUUUUUAAAGACUUAAGUUGUUGACAUUUUCUGAACAUACAUAAACACACCAGGAACAGAUGAUUCUAGAGGUUGGUUGAGGAAGCACUUUAUCCAGAAUGUCUUCAAUAUUAAAUUACUUUAAUUGACUCCACCUUGUUUUUAUUUUCAAGAAUAGUAAGGUGUUUGCUGAAGGGUGGCACUGCCCAGAGCCUCAGGCAGUCCCAAAACACACACCCGGAUGUCAGUGACCACCACAGUGGCAGAAGUCCUACAGAGUUGACGAAGCCAUAAGGGCUUUGCUAGCUUGCUGGGCGGGCACUGAGCCCACAGCCUUGUACAUGCUGGACACGCAGUCUACCCCUGAGCUACUCAUCUACACAUCCCGUUCUGUUCUCUAGGCUCAAGUGAUCCUCCUGUCCCAGCUUCCUGAGUGUCUGGGACUUUGGGGGUGUGCUGCCACACACCCAACCAGGUAUUUUUUUAUAAUUGCCAUUUAUGAGGUAGAGUUUUCACAUAAUUUAGGACUAUCUUAAACCUAUCCCUUCCAGUUGCUUUAUUAAGGGAUAGCCCAGGCAUCCAGUGUUUAUCACUAAAGCCAUUAACGUAUUUGUGCCUAACUUUCUGGGUGGACUGGAAUUGGCGGAGCGCAAUAGUGGCUGAUUACCACCAAGUGUGCUCACAGGAAAAGGAUUUAAAGUUUCAGUUAAAUCAUUUAUAGCCGGUAGCACACAGCGCCUGAGGAGUUGAUAUGCACUUAAUUGGAUGCAGUUUCACCUUUUACUCUCAGAAGGUUGUUUAUCUUCUACUUGCUGAUGUGUUAUCAUUUGUAUUUUUAUACUGAGUAAUCCUUUUCUGAGUUCUUUCACAUGUAUACCCGCGUGAGACAGUGCGUGCUCUGGUAUGUUCAGUUGCCUUCUUGGGGAACCCAGCCUGGAAUCGCUAAAAUGCCGGAAGUAAAGAGAAAUGGUGGAAGUCAGGCACAGGGAGGCCAGGUCAGGGUCAGAGAGACCAGAAUCCACACUACAAGGCCGGCUCCAUCGCCACUCAUGCUGGACAUCAGAGCCUGGCCCCAGGCAGGACUGGAUUUUCCAUGUUUAUAUCUGCCGGGAAAUUAACACUUGCUAAAUUUCUCAUUUUCUCACAGCAGUCUGGUCAUGUGACUCAUCUAUGUUUAGCUGUAACUUUCCUCAUAUCAGUCAGUGGUGCUGUGCACAUUGCUGUGGAGUCUAUACUGGGGCAGGGCAGUUACCCGGUGUGAGUUGAGGAAUGGGCGUAGAGAUCACUGAAGGAAGGACCUCCUGGAAGCAAGCUUGCAUGUCAGAUCCCACGCAGAAAGUGUCCCAGCGAGCUGGGCCUCCGCCAGCAGGGACGGUGUGUGCUCACCACGUGACCAUUCCUUCAGCAGGUGUAUAAUGGAACACCUUUCUUUGCUCUAAGAGAAAAAAAACAAUCUUAAAAUUCAUCUUAAAUACAGACUUUGCUGCAGCAUGUUUUAGAAUAAUCUGGAUGCAUGUACCUUGUAUUUUAGGUAGGCAGAGAAACUAAUCGGGCUUCUUUAUGUAAAACCAAUCUAAUAAAGCUAGUUCUGUA